AUGCCAACGCAACUAGCGUUUCUAGACUUUGAAGCGGCUUUCGAUUCUCCUCAUCGAGGCCGUCUUCUCAACGCGCUCCGCGCCGAUGGAGUAUCAGGAAAGUUCGUUCGGUUGCUUGAUGACAUGUAUCAAAGAGCAACCACUGCGGUUCGAACACCUGCCGGAUGUACAACAUCGUUUGAGGUGGUAACGGGAGUAAGACAAAGGGCAGUGGCAAGUCUCUUCAAACUUGUCAACGUCAAUUUCGUUGACGUCUCGUCAAUUUCGUCGACGACAUUAUGCGAAGAACAGUAG